CAUGGCGGGAGUUAUCGUCAAUAUGGCGGAAGUUGGGCGAAAGGCGGGCUAAUGCAGGACCGAGGAACGUUGUUUUGUCUCUGCCGAGUCUCCUGUAUUCUCUGUAACUACUGAAGUGAGACUAAGAGACAGCCAUGGAGUUCCCGUUCAGCCUGCAUGGGCUGUUUGGGGAGGAGAUCUCGCUGGUGGAUGGCAGCUGCGCGCCGUACCGGAAGGCCAGCAACGAGCCGCUGGACAAAAACCUGGCCAAGGUGAUCGAUGAUUUGGGUGAGGCUUCAGCAAAGGCUCAGGGUCUGCAUGGACCCAUCACAGCAACCUACAAACUCAGGAGCUCGGACCAUCGCAUGUAUGUGCUUAAAGAUGGAGAGGCCAACAGUGGGAAGGGAGCAGCAGUCGGCUUCAUCAAAGUCGGCAAAAAGAAACUUUUUAUCCUGGACCACCACGGAGCCCAGGUGGAGCUGACCCCCCUCUGUGUUCUCGACUUUUAUGUUCACGAGUCCAGACAGAGGACAGGAUGUGGCCACAGGCUGUUCCAGCACAUGCUUAAGAUGGAAAAAAUCUCCCCCCAGCACCUGGCCAUCGACAGACCCUCCAACAAGUUCACUCGCUUCCUGAAGAAACACUACGGGCUGGCAGCUACUGUGCCUCAGGUCAACAACUUUGUGGUGUUUGAAGGAUUCUUCAGAGACAAUCCAGCUACAAGAUACGGCAGAAAGCAGACAUCUCAGCAGAACAGGCCUCCCCUGUAUCCGUACAGAAGAGAGGGCUCUACUGUCCCCAUGAGACAGCGAGGAUCUGCGAGGAACCUGCAGCAGGAAAAAGCAGCUCUGCAGAACAUCGCUGUCAGCCAAGGUCGGCCCUCGUCCACGGGACUCCUCAUCUCCCGGUUCCAGCAACAGCACGACAUUACCAGGAACAGGUCAAGUUCCCUGGGUAACCUUGCGGCUGUAGAACUCGAGGAUCGGAGGAUGGGAGCUCAGGCAAGCCGGUACAGCAGAUAUGCUCAGGAGGUCACAGGGCGGAGGUCAAGUGCACAGAACUCAGCUGGGCUGCCUGGGUCUACAACAGGACAGGCUGGGUCCACAACUGGUCAACCUGGGUCCAUAGCUACACAGGCUGGGUCCACAACUGGAAUGCCUGGGUCCACAGCUGGCCAGGCUGGGUCCUCAGCUGGACUUGCAGGGUCCACAGGAGGGGUAGCUGGGUCUACAGGAAGGCUGCCUGGGUCCACAAUGGAAACUCCUGGGGCUUUAGCUGGCCAGGCUGGGUCCACAGGAGGUUACGUGCACUACAAGGACAUCACCACCCGCAAUGGGCACCUGAAGGUGUCGUCACAGCUGUCUCCGGCCAUGGACAGACAGAGAAUACCGGGCAGCAAAGCUGUUGUGUCUAGUGUCCAUCCUCCCUCAGCAAAUCAGGCUCCAGCUGCAACCAUCGAUGGCUGUUCCAUGCCUAGGAGUCCCUCCCUCCGGCAGAGUGAUGCUGUGCUGAAGGAAAGGGACCUGAGCUAUACGGUAACCCAGCAGGGAGCCAGGAGGGAGAACAGCUUCUGGAACGUCAUGGGAGUUCCAACCACAAGUCUCAAGGACCGUAAAAAUAAUCAAAGAACAAACAACAUCUGGUGAACAGAACUGGGACGUGUUUAGAGUUAAAACUUUCGAUCCAACACAAAAAGUUCUCUCACCUAGAGCUUUCGACCAGCCACUCUGGUCUUCCUCAGUAGACUGACCCAGUGAAGCUUGCCACGUGGCUUCUUUGAAGUGCGACAUUAACACUGGUGUCUGGUAGACGAUGGCACCCAGGCUAACCUUCCCAGUCAUUCUGGUAGUGAGAUACUCGCCAUACAGUCUGAGGAAUCUGUGCUUUCAUCAAAAACUUUAUUUGCACGAUGCUGCUCUUUUUGUUGAAAUAAGUUUGUUUCGUAAUGUCUCAUUCCUAAUUUUCCUCUGUGCUUUUUUUAUGUUUGAAUAUAUGUAUAUAUAGAUAAAAUAAUUUGAGAGGAAAUUUUAUGUAACCAAGAGAGAACUAUGUGAUGAAAGUUGUUUUAUUUUCAUGAUUCAUAUAUUAAAAAGCAGGUUAUUAUAUAAUAAGCAGUAAC